AAUGUUUGACUGAUUUGAUAUUUUUGACUUGAAAAUUUACAAUAGAAACAUUUUUGUCAUUGUGUUUUUGUAGGCUUAUUAUAUUUUUACACAUUCAAUUUAAUAGUAUAUUUUAAUUUUGAUGUUAAAUUGUUCGAAAUCUAUGUUACGGUAGACAUGUUGAUCAAUCGCGAGUCGGAGGAAGGGAGGGCGGGUGAGGGUCCUGAAUCCAAUAUGGCGGUAGACCACACAUAUGAGUACCAUACUGCCAGUGAACUGUUCGAAAUUAUGGAUCGUGAUCAAGACUUUGAUUCUAACGAUAUCGAUGAGAAUGAGGUUCUAACAGCCAACGAAUUGAUUACUUUAUACGAAAACAUAGAUGUAGGAAGUAAACUAAUAAAUACUGCUAUCGAUAUAAAACGUCCAAAUCAACGAGUUGAAACUAUCGUCUACCACGAAGACCCUGACUCGGAUAGUUCCGAUCUCAGCGAUAUCAACAGCAAAGAGGAUUUAAAUAAUAUAUUUUCCAUUAACAAUACUAUGCUCGACCUCCUAGAUAGCCCACCAUCUCUACAAAAUGAUCUAUGCCAAAAACUAGGGAAUUUACAAAUACAAUCAUCUAAUUUAAAUACUGGCUACCAUAAAAACUUCCUAUUCAAAGAUCCAUACAUUAAAGAGCAACUCAAGAGCUUAAACGUAAUGGCUAAUUGUUAUGGAUUUGGCGGUACAGGAAUUCCAACGUCAUUAUUAGAUUACAUUUGUUGCAAACGCUUGGAGGAUGAUUACAACUUUUAUAUGGAUAAUAUUAUACGAUAUGUAAAUUAUACUAUAGAGCAUCUCAAAAGAAUUAGCAAUGGCGAUUAUCUUACGGAUAAAGCUAAGCAGAAGUGGAGGGAAGUCGAAAGAAAUAAAACUGAUAGUUUGGAAAAUAAAAAAGUUCUAGCUACAUCUACAAGUAUACCCCUCCACGUUGAACAAAAAAAUACUGGUUGCCAGUCCACUUGGGAUGAAAUAUUUCAUUCUGAAAUCGACAUUAGAUCGCUAUCCAAAAUAUUGGAGAAAAAGAUUGUUCUAGAAAUUCCGAAAAUGAUACGCGGACCUGACAUACUGUUUAAUCAAUGUUACGCAGAUAAUUUAGUUAUUAGUAGCAAGAAGGAAAAACAGUGUGCAUUAUUAGAAACUAAAGAAGAAUCAAGAGUUGAGGUCGUGUUGCAACUGAAACGAUCAGAUUCAGGAAAAGUUAUAACUAACCUCAAUUCUAUUAUGAUACUACAUACGACGCCUGUACUACAUACCGAACCUGCGUCAACAGAAGCUUUAACACUGUUAAAUUCUGACGAUCAAGCAAUGACCAAAGAGUGUGCCGAAAAUAAAGAUGAUAAAAUAAAAAUUAUUGAACUAAAUGACAAUGAUGUGGAAACAAACCAAGACACGGAAAAUGUGUUUAUAGAAAACUUUGUCAAUAAUCAAGAAUAUAUUGAAUGCGAUACGCCUACGCAUAACAUUGAAUAUACUACUACUGAUAAAGAACACAAGAUUUCAUCAAACCCUCAUAGCAAUCAGGAAUCUAAUGAGUCUGGUAUUGCUCUCAGAGAAAUAUUGCAUACAAAAGCAGCUAAUUCAAAUAUUCACAACAUUAUUACGCCUGAUGAAUUGCGUUUUACAAUGCAAAGACUCAAUAUACAGUCUUCUUUACCCGAGGAAGCGGGAGAAGAUAUGCAAAAUUCAUCAGUUAAAAUGAAAUCAUCUACAAGGAUCAGGAUAAAAUCUCCAUAUGAAAAUAAAUCUUACAUAAUAGAAGAAAAGAAACGGCGAAAACUCUUAGAAAUAAGAGAAAGACGCGAAAAAAAGAAAAUGGCAUUCGGUGAACACUGUAAAAUCACAAAACAUAGGUAUAAUAAAGGAAACAUAAUGCCUCAACCCUCAAGUUCUGUAACUAAAUUGUCUAUAACAAAUAAAUCUUUUUAUAAUUCUAUUUACGGUGAAAAUAUACACAUAGACAGCAAAAUAAAUUUAGAUGGUCGUAGAGGGAAAAAAAGAUCUACAUUGGGAGAUAAUGAAGAAAAAUGGGAAGGGGAAAAUAAUUCUUUAAAUUUAUCGCAGGACGGAACUAGUAAAAAGUAUAUUAAUAGAAGUUAUUACUUAGAUGAUGCAGUGACGGAAAUGCAGAUGAAACGACAUAAUGCAGUGGCAGAGAUAUGUUCAACGUCCACUUCUGCCAUAUCCACUGAUUUUGGAUGUAUACUCUCCCAAGCAAUCGCCCAACCAGAUUCUAAUUUUAAUGACACAGAAGAAAAAUGCAUAAGCCACUUGGAAGUGGGAAGUGACCAAAGUGUCUAUAUUAACGAAGAAUCUGAAAUAGACUUGAAUUCCUCGGGGAGUAACCUGAAUAUAGUUCCUGCAAAUUCUCCUAAAAUUAAUGAAGCUGAUGAUAAAACAGAUUUAAGAGAAAUAACAACGUCGACAUCUAUAGAAUGUAGGAAAAGUAUAGAGAAAUUAUAUGACCUUAUGAGCAAACUCAGAAAAUCGGAAUCAGAUGAACGUAAAUUCAAUAAAUGUAAAAUAAUCCAUUCCUCAACCCAUACAGAAGAAAAUAAAUUUGUAACUCAAGGUAUUUCUUUUGAUGAAGUUAGUGACAGUGGUACAAGUUUUAAACAUCAUAUGAUAUCUUCUAAUGCAAGUUACAUUAAGAAAAUCAACAAUCCAAAUGUAUCCAUCACAAAACACGUAAAUAAUAAGAAGUCAAAAACCCUAUCUUCAGUAAUACCUAAAGUAAUAAUCAGCGCAAAGUCUCAGACUGUAAAAUGUGAAAGUGAUAAAAAUAAAAAGGAUAAAAAAACAAUUUCUGUUGGCCCUUCUAAUGUUGUACCCGAGAAUCCUUUAAGAGCGAUAUCGCAGCUUCUUCAUGAAUUUGACAGCGUUCAAAAGACAAGACAGAAAUUUCCAGUGCCAAAGCAAAAUAAAAAGAAUGAAAUUAUUCCUACCGAUAAUCGAGUCCCCUCCCGUCAAAGUUAUAUUAAAAGACGUUCCCGAUUUGAUCAGCAUUUGCGAAAUAAUGAACAAAUUGCUAAAAAUAUUACUUCUGUAGUAUUUAAGGAUGUAAAACCUAUUCCUCCAAAGGAACUUCUAGGAAAAAUACCCAAUCACCAAGUACCAAUACCGAUUCAUGAAACAAACGUUGAAAAGUUGAGUAAGAAAAGAAUGUCUGACAUUAUUGACGAAGCAAAGGAAGCGAGGGGUGAGGCAGUACGAGGCCCUUCUAAGCUUACAAGAUUAAAUACAUUGGCGCAACCAAAAAGAUCUUAUGUGCAAGCACAAAGUGAAGAAUACCAAAUCAAAAAUGGGAGGAAUAAGAUGACAGACAGAUUACAACGAUUGACGAAGACUCCUGCGCAACCAACUCUCGAUAGAAAGAUAGCAUUUCCUAUUUUAAGAAAUGUGCAAAAGCGAUCGGGACCAGAGAUAAUAAUGCCCGUUCACAUGAAACCGCCACCGCCGUCAAUGUCACCUUCUUUAGAAAAAACGACGAAACUACACUUCUCGACUAACCCUAUUUCUGGGAGAAAAGUCUUACAGCCAAAGAUGGAAACACUCCACAAAUCAAGUCACGUACCCGAAUCACCUGAAGCACUGAAAGUUAAGAUGGGUGUCGAAUCUUACGUGAAUAAUCAUUACGAACGUGUGUUGCCAGCGGUGGUAACGCCAGAAUUGCAGAUGGCAAGCAGGUCACGGGUGCCAGUAAUUGCGAAGGAUACUGAUCUAGUAUCUGUCACGUCAUCAUCAUCUGCAGAGAAAUCAACGGUACUUGGACGUAAACUUCAUAACAUCAUACACACUAUGAUAAAUUCUAGUACAUCGGAAGGUGCCGCCCUAUCUGUGAAACAAAAAACAGCUUCUGGACUUAUUAAAGAUACUGACGAAUUGAGUAUCAUUGAUAACAAUGCUAAAGAAGAGGCGAGAUCUUUACAUUCAGAUUAUCGUAUUGAUGUUUUUCAGGACAACAAUGUGUUAACGGCUGUUGAAGGCGUUAAAGAUCGUAUACGAGAUGAAUUCAUCCUUAAUAAUAUAAAAAACUGCAAACUAAAAAAAGUUGGGAAAUAUGAUAUACAACCUUUUAAUUCAUAUACUGAAUUACAGCAAUUGGAAUAUGCUUUAUACCGCCGACUAUCAAUUGGAACACUUAAUAAACGCUUAAGAAUCAAUAAUUUGACAUUGACGCCUAGACAGUCCAUGCGUCAAGUAGUAAUUGUACAGUCAGGAGAUGCAAAUUCCAUAGUAUUAAAUACUUCCACGUCACAAAAUUUACAGAAAACCAAUUCUUAUAUAAUUGAGGAUUUGAAACCUUUAAAUAUUUUAACGUCUUCACAAUUAGAAUGGAGAUGUGGAAAUAUCCCGAUGCAAAUAGCAACUGUAGGCUACGCAUUUCCUAAAUAUCAGUCAGUCCAAUGUAACUCGAGUGUUCUUAGUAAAUCUUUAAUUAAUAUUUCCAAAAAUGAAACAAAACAUCUAUCAAAUCUUAAAUUGCAAGAAGCUAAUAUUUCCUCUGAAAUUCCAAUUAACAAAACAGAACAAGGAGUUCAGGUCGAAGUUUAUGAAUUACCAUUUGCCUCCAUACCCGGCAGAGAAAAGUCACCAAAUGAUAUUAUUACAGAAAUUGAAAAGCGUAAUACAUUUAACAACCAAACAGAAGACUACAAAAAAAAAUAUGACGUUGUUACUAAAAAGUCAGAAAAUAUCAACUGUACAACAUCACUAGAUAUGCUAGUAGGUUUAUUGAACGAAAUACAAAAAAUAACUUGUCAAACACAAUUAAACGUUGAUGAUGAUGUAAAAGCUAAACAACCUGAAACUGUUCUUAAUAAUGCUGUCCCUAUAGAAGAUGUAAGGAUAGCUCAACCCCUUAAUAUGGUUUCUGUAGACAAGCUAAAUCAUUUGGAAUCGAGCUCUAGUGUUAGGUCUGUCUAUGUAUCUAAUACUAAUGACAUCAAACAGAAACAAAUUAAUUUAUUAUACAUGGACUCCAAAAGUACGCUAUGGAAAUGUGAAUAUGCCGAUAAAGAAGUAAAUGUUGAUAUAACUGAGAAGGACUUUGUAAAUACCUGCACUGAUGUACCAUCCAGUCUUUUUCCUAUAACUUUAAAUCAUAGUACCAACAUUACUGAUUCACUGAUAGGUAUACUAAGCGCGCCAUCUAAUCAAUCGAUAUUCUCUCUUAAGGACUAUCACGUGUACACUGAGGAUUCUGCCUUUAACUAUGAAAAGAAAAUAAUAGAAUUAUCCAGUCUUGUAAUUAAUAGCGAUUCACUAGUUGCAUGUCAAGAUACUGAGGCUUCAGAUAAAACUAAAGAGAAAUUAGCUAAACCAAUUAUGAAAAUUGAUGACGUGGCCAAAAUUAAAUCUUUUGACAAGACAUUGGCAAAGGCAUAUUCUAUUAAUAACUCAGAGAUUGACCCUCUUAUAAAAAUUAAAAGAGACAUUUUAGUAACUGUAUACUCUAUGUUGGUAAUAACUGUUUUAGCUGCACUUUCAUUUCCUGAAAUUCUAUAUCAUACUUGACAUACUUACAUAUAUAUCAUAUCUUUAUGUUGUUUUGUGAAAUUUUAAAGUGUUUUGCUACUAUUUUGGUACAAUAUUUAUUGAAUAUAUUUAUGG